AUGGCUUCACAGCAAAACAACUCCUUUAAACCCCAGUCACCAGAAAGUGGCCUUGUAUUAGACAACAGGAACUUCCUUCCAAGCCAGGAUACUUCUCUACAGUGGGAAGAAGAUAUCUGUAACUUCUCAACUGCUCAGCUCAACUUUCCCACAAAUGACAAUGGUUACUGUGCAAAGCAGGAACUGCAAGCAAUGUGGAAGUGGUUUACCUCCUGGUUGAAGCCAGAAAAGCGUAGCAAGGAGCAGAUGAUUUCUCAGCUGGUCUUGGCUGAGUUUCUCAAAACUGGGCACUACAAGGACAAGUCUGUCUUGAAAGAGAAGUGGGUUUCAAAUGGCAGAAACCUGGGGAGAUUCAUGGAGGAUCUGACUGAUGAGUGCUUGAAGCCUCCCAUCAUGGUUCUCACCUCCAUGCAGAGGCAGGAAGCCUUCUUUUCUAAGAACAUGUCUUUAGAAGAAACCAUAAACCUUCUGAAAGAGCAGCAAUCAGCAAGAAGUUCAAUACAAGAGAGUGCAAGGAUACCCUUGCCAAUCCCCCAAGACAUGUUAUUGACAACAGACCUGAGAGUACAUAAGGUCAUACACCAGGAAAAUAAACCUUUCGAAUGUAGUACAUGUGGAAAGUCUUUCAGCAAUCAAACCAAUUUGAAAGCUCAUGAGAGGAUUCACACAGGAGAGAAGCCCUACACCUGCUCCCUGUGUAACCGUAGCUUCCGUCAGUCAUCCACAUACCACCGUCACCGGAGGAAUUGCCACAAAGCAGACUGA